AGCAGAAAACUAACCUAAAAACUUCUCACAUCUAUUUACAAAGAAAAAACAAGACUGGUUAAUUGGAGCACAAUGACAACGAACAGAAGUACCAGGGAAAUUCUAUUAUCACUCGUCGAUGACAUCGAAUUGAUAGCCAAGGAAAUGAUUGAAAACACAAUAGCCCAGAAACACGCAAAAUUAUCAACUUCAGAGCACGCCCAACUGACCGAAUUACUAGUCUCCAAAGACCAAGAGCUGAAAUCAACAUUGAAACAGUCGGCGGAGCAAGCUCAGAUAAAUAUCAAGAUGGACGCACUGAAAGCUGAAGUGGACCGACAGGAUCAGGAUAUUCAGCAGCUGCAGCGGCAGUUAAAAGAGGCCGAGCAGAUCUUGGCAACAGCUAUCUAUCAGGCGAAGCAGAAAUUACAGUCAAUUGCUCGGGCGAACAAGCGACCAGUGCCUUCUGAAGAGCUCAUCAAAUUUGCUCACAGAAUCAGCGCUGCAAAUGCUGUAUGCGCACCUCUGACUUGGCAGCAGGGAGAUCCCAGGAGGCCCUAUCCGACUGAUAUUGAGAUGAGAUUGGGAUACUUGGGCCGACUGAGCGAUUUACCGCUGAAUGGCCAGCUUCUUGGAGCCCACCCAGGGAUAACGUCAGAUCUUCAUCGAACGGGACACUCAGCAGAGCCACCAGCAUCAUCAGCAAAUCAAUUCGCCUGGCAUCCCUCUGGGGAGAUCCACAUGUCAAUGGGUGGACAGGGAAGUGUUGCCAUGAACACUCAUAAGCAGGAGAAUGAGGAUGUUGAAGUUAUGUCGACUGAUUCGUCCAGCAGUUCAUCCAGUGACUCUCAAUAAAUAUCAGUCUCACUGGCUUGGUGUAAAAUAGGAUCUGUUCUUGUAUUUACUACUCCCUUCAUCCCUUUGAUCUCAAGUUCGUCUAGUUGAGAAUGAUCUUAGGUAAAAAUAAGUGCAGCAUUUCGUCGGGAAAGGCUUUCUGGAGCUUUCCCUGCAAUUGAAAACCAAAAACCAGGAAGUUGUUAUCAAGUAAUUUUCUAUAGAAAAUUUUGUCCAAUAUUGUUUUUUUUUCCUAAAUAUUUGUUAUCAAAAUUUCUGUAAAGUUAGGUCCCAUUAGAUUUUUACGAGAGAAUAACGUAAAGAAAUAAAUUUUUAACAAAUACUUUACAAA